UCAUAAUGAAGCCCAUUUUAGAUCACUAAGAUUUCUAGGAUGGUGACACGAAAUGUUAUUUUAAAGAAUUUGAAUUUUUGGUUUAUUGUCUUCAAUGUAUUACGUGUAUACCUGAUAGCUAACAAGCGAGCUAGCCGUGUCUUUUCGAAGCUGUCAAUCAGUCCAGAGAGGGCAAAAGCUGGCAGGCUGACGGGAAUUUGCAUCUUUACAGGACGGAUUAUCUGGUAACUGACCAUUUAGCUGUGGCACACUCGGACUCUGUGUUAAGUGUGGGAUUUCAACCAUGAGCUCAGUCGCUGUACUUACGCAGGAACUCUUCAACGAGCACCGCAUCGGACUCUUGCCGGAGCAAAGCGGUGCUGCUGCUGCUGUGGCAGCACCUGGUGCCACUGGUGGAGAAGAGGAAGACGCCCUCCCUACCUACAAGGAUGCCUUCCCUCCACUGCCUGAGAAGGCAGCCACACCCGACGGCACCCAGGAGACUGCCAGCGCCUGGGCCAAUAAAAUGCGGUCUCUGAAGUCUUCCGUCAUCACCCAGGUAUUCCAUGUUCCUCUGGAGGAGCGCAAGUACAAGGACAUCAACCAGUUUGGGGAUGGAGACCAAGGGAAGGUCUGUGUGGACAUCAUGCACAAGACUGGAGCCCACCUGGAACUCUCCUUGGCUAAAGAUCAGGGUCUCUCGAUUAUGGUGUCCGGAAAGCUGGACGCUGUGAUGAAGGCUCGCAAGGAGAUUGUGUCUCGACUGCAGACUCAGGCUUCAGCUACUGUGGGAAUCCCCAAGGAACACCACCGCUUUGUUAUCGGCAAGAAUGGGGAGAAGCUGCAGGAGCUAGAGCUGAAGACCGCCACCAAAAUCCAGAUCCCAAGACCCGACGACCCCAGUAACCAGAUCAAAAUCUCUGGCACCAAAGAGGGCUUGGAGAAGGCCAAGCACGAGAUCCUGCUAAUCUCAGCCGAGCAGGACAAGCGAGCUGUGGAGAGGGUGAACAUCGACAAGGUGUACCACCCAUUUAUCACGGGCGCCUACAACAAGCUUGUCAGUGAGAUGAUGCAGGAGACUGGCGCUCGCAUCAAUGUGCCGCCUCCCAGCGUGAACAAGACGGAAAUCGUGAUUACUGGGGAAAAGGAGCAGGUGGCCCUUGCUGUGGCUAUGAUCAAGAAGAUUUACGAAGAAAAGAAGAAGAACGCCACCACCAUUGCGGUGGAGGUGAAGAAAUCCCAGCACAAGUAUGUGAUCGGCCCCAAGGGAAACACCCUGCAGGAGAUCCUGGACAGAACCGGCGUCUCGGUUGAGAUCCCACCUUCUGACAGCAGCUCGGAAACAGUCAUCCUUCGCGGGGAGCCCGACCGCCUUGGUCAGGCUCUCACCGAAGUUUAUGCCAAGGCAAACAGCUACACUGUUUCCUCGGUAACAGCUCCCUCUUGGCUCCAUCGAUUCAUAAUUGGGAAGAAGGGGCAGAACUUGGCAAAGAUUACCCAACAAAUGCCUAAGGUGCACAUUGAGUUCACCGAGGGAGAAGAUAAGAUAACCCUGGAGGGUCCCACCAAAGAUGUGCAGAUGGUGCACACCCAGAUUGAAGCCAUUGUUGCGGACCUUAUAAGUCGCAUGGACUACACUGAGAUCAGCGUGGAUCCCAAAUUCCACAGACAUCUGAUUGGGAAAGCUGGCGCUAACAUCAACCGCAUCAAGGAGCUUCACAAGGUGACUGUCCGUAUCCCCCCUGAUCACGAGAAGAGUACCCUGAUCCGCAUCGAAGGGGACCCCCAGGGAGUGCAAGAGGCCAAGAAGGAGCUGUUGGAGCUUGCGUCACGCAUGGAGAACGAGCGUACAAAGGAUCUGAUCAUCGAACAGCGUUUUCAUAGAGCCAUUAUUGGCCAAAAGGGGGAGAAGAUUAAAGAAGUGCGCGACAAAUUCCCAGAGGUCAUCAUCAAUUUCCCAGACCCCGCGCAAAAAAGUGACAUUGUUCAACUAAGGGGCCCGCGAACUGAGGUGGAAAAGUGCUCCAAGUUCAUGCAGAAGAUUGUAGCUGAAAUGCUGGAGAACAGCUAUUCCGUCUCUGUCCCAAUCUUCAAGCAGUUCCACAGGAACAUAAUCGGGAAAGGUGGAUCAAACAUCAAGAAGAUUCGAGAGGAAACCAACACCAAAAUUGACCUUCCUGCUGAGAAUAGCAACUCUGAGAUGAUAGUCAUCACGGGCAAGAAGGCAAACUGUGAAGCUGCAAGAGUGCGCAUUUUGGCCAUUCAAAAAGAAUUGGCAAAUAUCACUGAGCUGGAGUUGUCCAUUCCCUCCAAACUGCACAACUCUUUGAUUGGCUCCAAGGGCCGCUUUGUGCGUUCCAUCAUGGAGGAGUGUGGUGGCGUGCACAUCCACUUCCCCAGUGAAGGCUCGGGUAUCGACAAGGUCACCAUUCGGGGCCCCGUGGAGGAGGUGGAGAAAGCCAAGCAACAACUUUUGGCCCUAGCUGAGGAAAAGCAAACAAAGAGCCAUUCAGUCGAACUGCGCGCCAAGCCUGAGUACCACAAGUUCCUAAUUGGCAAAGGCGGCAGCAACAUCCGUAAGGUGCGUGACAGCACUGGUGCCAGGAUCAUCUUCCCCACCGCCGAGGAUAAAGACCAGGAGCUCAUCACGGUCAUCGGCACUGAGGAGGCCGUUCGCGAUGCUCAGAAGGAACUGGAGGAACUCAUCAAGAGCUUGGACAAUGUCAUCGAGGACACCAUGAGCGUGGACCCCAAGCAUCACCGCUACUUUGUCUCUCGUCGCGGCCAAGUCUUGCGCGACCUCGCCGACGAGUACGGCGGCGUGAUGGUGAGCUUCCCCCGCACAGGCACGCAGAGCGACAAAGUCACCCUUAAGGGAGCCAAAGAGUGUGUGGAGGCGGCCAAAAAGCGCAUGCAUGAAAUUGUUGAUGACCUGGAUGCGCAAGUGACCAUCGAAUGCACCAUUGCUCAGAAGUUCCAUCGUUCCAUCAUGGGCCCCAAAGGCUCCCGAAUCCAGCAGAUCACCAGAGAUCACAAUGUGCACAUUAAAUUCCCUGAUCGUGAGGACCCUCAAGCUGUGGAGGCCAUUCAGGAGAAUGGUGAAGCCAACGGUGAAUUAAAGGAGCCUGUCGAUCCAAACGCUCCCAAGAAAUGUGACGUGAUUGUGAUCUCUGGCCGUAAGGAGCGUUGCGAGGCUGCUGCAGAAGCACUGAAGGCUUUGGUUCCAGUCACCAUCGAGGUGGAAGUGCCUUUUGAGCUUCAUCGUUACAUCAUCGGGCAGAAAGGAAGCGGAAUUCGCAAGAUGAUGGACGAAUUUGAGGUUAAUAUUCAAGUGCCUGCUCCUGAGCAGCAGUCCGAUAAAAUCGCCAUCACCGGCUUGGCCAACCACCUGGAGCGCGCCAAAGAGGGACUGUUGGAGCGCGUAAAGGAGCUGCAGGUCGAGCAGGAGGAUCGGGCACUCAGGAGCUUCAAACUGACCAUCACUGUGGACCCCAAAUAUCACCCCAAGAUCAUCGGUCGCAAGGGUGCCAUUAUUACCAACAUCCGCACAUUGCACGAUGUGAACAUCCAGUUUCCGGAAAAGAAUGAUGAAAACCAGGACCAGAUUACCAUUACAGGGUAUGAGCACAAAGCCAUAGCUGCUGGCGAUGCCAUCCAGGCCAUCGUGGAGGAGUUGGAAGAGAUGAUCUCUGAGGACAUCACUUUGGACAGCAGGGUUCAUGCACGCAUCAUUGGCGCACGCGGAAAGGGCAUUCGCCGCAUUAUGGAUGAGUUCAAGGUUGAUCUCAGGUUUCCUCAGAGCGGAGCCGCCGACCCCAACCUGGUGACUGUCACGGGUCGCCCUGAGCUAGUGGACGAAGCCAUCGACCACCUUCUUAAUCUCGAGGAAGAAUUUCUGGCAGACGUGGUGGAGAAUGAGGCAAAAAUGGCAUACAUGAGACCCUCGGGGGGCAGCCAUGCGUCCACUGACGAAAGUCGUGGACCCUCUAAAGGCUUCGUAGUGCGAGAGGCUCCGUGGACCACCGGUAACGAGAAGGCUCCUGACAUGAGCAGCUCUGAGGACUUCCCCAGCUUUGGCGCCCCAGUGUCUGCUGCCAAGGCUUCACCCUGGGGGCCCAAACGCUUUUAAAGGAAAAAGUCUUCUACCAGACACAAUCUCUCCCCCACCCCCCUCAUCCUGAAACCGGAUCGCUGACCCCUUCAAAAUCCUUCAAUUCUCAUUCACCCGUCAGUAAGAGGGGAAAAGAAAGAGAAGCCUGGUAUUUUGUUUUGUCAUAUUUUGGUAGAGCUGCCCUUUUAAUCCAGAGUUGCCUUGGCAAGUUUUGGGAGGGGGGCAGCUCUAUUUGUGCCCCCCGUACACUUGCUUUCAAGUAUUUGUCAUUUGUGCGUCCAUUUGCUCGUGACACCUUGUCGCCUUAUUGUUCACGUUGACGCAAAACUGCCAGAUGCUCGGAGAUGAUGCAAAAUCCUUUAAACCAAAAAAAAAAAAAAAAAAAACCUGAAAACACUAGUACCACACCUCUGGCACAUUGAACCUCACACACUUAAAAAAAAAAUACUAAAAUGAAAUGAAAUAAAAAAUGAAUAAAUAAAAACAAGCCUCAUGUCAACUGUCAUCUCGUCCACAUUUUGGGGGUCAGUGCCCAGUCCCAUUUGUCUUCCAGUUGCAAGGCAGAGUUUCUGUUCAACAGCAAUGACCCUUUUUUUCUUUUUUUUUUUUUUUUUUUUUUAAA